CACCCUUUGCACGCAUGCUCACACCAGCUGCCCGCCCUUUCCUCGCGCACACUUUACCAACGGCCUUCGACCCCGGCACUGGUGGUCUCCGGUUCGCUCCGCCUCAGUGGCCCUUUUCUCACCUGCAAUGUCUCGCCUGCGGCUGUUCUGCUCUUCACUCCUCCGCCACCGUGCAGUCCUGUUCUCGAAGCCUGGCCACUCGGGCCGCUUCAGCCACUCAGAAAGGCCACAAAACCAAGACCUGUCACCCAUGGAGUCGGCUGUUGGAGUUGUCGUGUUUUUUACGACCUGUUACAUCCCAAUGGUGUAUGUGCUGAGCAAUCUGAAGCAUUUCAAAGGUGAAUAGAUACAAGAUGUUGAUGAGCAGCACCUCAGGUCCAAAAUGUUUUCGGAAAAGGCCAUGGCUCCUUUAAAUGAGAAAAAGUGCCUGUUUGAACCUCUUGUGACAAUUUAGUCUUAUAACUGUAUAUCUCUAGUGUUCUGUACUUUCUUUCUUUUUGGAUUGUGCAUCAUAUGGACGGCAAGCAUAGUCUGCUUAAGUGUUAAAUAAUAAAAUGCAAAUAUUUGUUUGUGCUUAGUA